AUGAGCCGAUCUUCCAAGACUAAACCCUCUGUGGAAAAGAUCACCAUUUUGGUCGUGGACGACGACAGUACAUGUCUUGCCAUUGUUGCUGCAAUACUUAAAACAUGGAAAUAUGAAGUCUCAGUUGUGACAGUCAAACAUGCAGCCGAUGCUUUGUGUACUCUUCGGAUCAAAGGGGACUCAUUUGAUCUUGUCGUAACAGAUGUGCAUAUGCCGGAUAUGAAUGGAUUUGAGUUACAGAAACAAAUUGAUGAAGAAUUCAACUUACCUGUUGUUUUAAUGUCAGCUGAUGACAAAGAGGGUGUUAUACUAAAGGGAUUAGAGAAUGGGGCUGCAUUUUUCUUAGUGAAGCCAAUAUCCCCGGAUGAUCUAAAAAAUUUGUGGCAAUAUGCAGUUGCAAACAAGAAAGGUAAAGCCGCUAUCAAGAAAAUUAGAAGUGUUCAAGGAACAUCCGGAUUUGAUCACGACAAAGCUUCCAAUGAGGAUAUAUACUCUGCAUCAUCAGUAAAUGAGGAUAGUCAUGAUAAGAAGGAUUCAAGGAAAAAAGUACCGAGAAAGUAUAGCGAUGAAAAAGGAGGAGAUCAAGAGAACGAUGAUUCUGCAGCACCGAAGAAAGCAAAGGUUGUUUGGACGAAUGCACUCCACAACCAGUUUUUGGAAGCCAUUAGAAGUAUAGGGCUUGAAAGGGCUGUUCCGAAGAAGAUUCUUGAGCACAUGAAUGUGCCAGGUUUAACUAGAGAAAAUAUAGCCAGCCAUUUGCAGAAGUAUCGAAUCUUCUUAAAACAAGUUUCAGAUGCAAGCUAUAACAUUCAAUCUGCUGCUGAAAGGAGAUUGGCUGACAGGACCUUAGAACCUUCUUUUGUGCCGGGACAGCCUUGGUUGAAGAGGAAUAAAUUGGGACAAGGAUAUCUUCUAUAUCCAGAACACCAGCAAAUGAGGACACCAUUCCAACAAAGAUUCACGAAGCAUGUCCCGGUUGUUAAAGCUUCUGACAUUGGCCAUUUAUCUUUUCCUAAUAAAGAAGCAUCAAGCAGCAACUUUAUCCCUCCACCAAGAUAUGGACAAUCGCGCUUAUUAUGCGAUAAAGUUACUAAUUUGGAGCAACCAGUGAUUGGAAAUGAAGAUCUUUAUCAGCCGAAUUGCUCCAGCUUGACAAUGGAGCCAAAUGAUUUUCGAAGAGGUUCUUCAUUAUGUGGAGGCAUUUCAAUUGGCCUCAUGAAUGGUACAAAUUCUAUGCGCCACCCAAAAUCUCUACCAGAGAGUUUCAAUGGUCUAUCUAAGUACAAUCCUACCACAUUUGGAGUUCUUGGCCCCAACAACGUUACAGAUUGUGGACAAAUGCGAAAUUUAAGCAAUUCUAAUUUGAAUCCAAUCCCCAAAUACUCAAACAAUAAUUAUGCUGGAUAUCGGAUUGCUAGAGAUGGGCAGCUAGUUGGCUCGGCUCAUAUGGCUAAUUUGAGUGAUGGUGCAUCAAAGGGUUCUAUCACUAACUAUAGCUUGAUGAAUGGGAUUCAGAAUGGCAAUGUGACCAAUGUGAGUGACAAUACUACUGGUUAUUUGCUCCAGGAAAUGUCUUCUUCAUCUGGGAUAAAGUGUUCAAACCGAUUUUCACCAACAUUGACUGAUGCUAUUGAUCCACAAGAAAAUGUUUUAGUGCCAGAGAUGCCUCCAACCAUGCUGCAACAGAACAUCCCUGCCAACGAAGGUGUAAAUGACGAUUAUAUAGCUGGUCUAAUGAAUAAUUCUUCAACUACACUUGAUAACUUUCUCUCACAUGUUGAAGCUGACUUUAGCAGCACUUUCUUGAAUCUGCAGCAAGGAGGAGAAGAAAUCACAAAUUCUAGCUUCACUUUUGGUACGCAUGAUAUUGAAGAUAACCCAUUACUAGGAAAUCAUCGAGCUCUUGAACAGCAAUUUGUUGGUGGAGAAGAUUUGGACUCCAGCUUUAGUAUCGAUGGAUAUCAGUCCAAUGAGUACUUUCCAUGGCUUGAUCAAAACCCCAAACAGCAGCAAGGUCUUGAAGAGCUUGUGGACUACGAGGAUCAUGGAAAUUAUCAGUCUUAUAACACUGUUUUGUGGAACAAUGUAUCUCCAAGACAGCUUGAUGAUGAGAUAUUCAUUCAGUCCAUGUUCAGCCCUGAUGCUUUCGGAGGAAGUGAUAACCUCGGAGGAUUCUAG